GCUGGGUCGUCUGAGCAUCCUGGACCAAGAACGUCCAAAUCGCUGAUGCUGCGAGACCCUCCGAGCCUCAUUCCUGUGCGCUCCACGUGCCUCCCUCCCAUUGGCUCCGUUCUUUCCCCAGCAUCACUGCUUUAUUUUCCUUUCUUUCUCUUUUUCCACUUUAAACCCUGACCGGAACAGCUCCUCGGAAUACUUUCAUCGGAACGCCUCCGGUUCCUCCGAGACCCAGCCUCGUCCGCCGGAGAGAAUAACGGUUGGAGAGAGAAAAGGCGGAGAAGCUGGCUUUUGGUGCGAAAGAUUUCGAAGUGAGAACCUCAAGAAGCUCGCUUAACCUCCAGCUUGUGAUUCUCUUCUUCUCUCUGGAUGAAACUCCUAUUUUGGGUGGAAUUUUAGCUGCAACUAGGUUAUUUUCCAAGAAAAUUGUUUACCGGUGAUUCUGAAGUGUUUUCAAUAAUCGGAAAGAAAUUGAAGACUCGAGGAGAUAUCGGCGAGGAGGAUUGUGCCGUGUAUUCGAAGGAGUGUUGUUUGUUUUAUAUUUUGACGAUUGGUUCGAACAGGAGCGACGGAAAUUGUUGCGAGAAUCCAAUUUCUCUUACGACAAGAAAUGGUUACUGGAGUCUGUUUUCUCUUUCAAUCGAGGAAAAGUUUGCUCCGUAAGUAAGCAGAGGCAGAUUCAAUUGAUUCUUGGAUUUUUAGGGAGGAGUGUAAUGAGAUACUCGGGCAUAAUCUGAGGUUGCAGCAUGAGUUGUAGCGUGAAGAACAGAGGGAGAGAAGAGGGAGAGUAUGAGCGACCGGUCAUCCCCAGGUCGGUCGAUGUUGACCUGAGAUUAGUUGAGCAGAAUGGGUCGAUCGCGGCCCCUCAGUUAACAAUUGAUGAGAGUCUGCUGGUUGAUCCUAAAUUACUGUUUAUUGGGACCAAAAUUGGCGAGGGAGCACAUGGGAAGGUUUAUGAAGGAAGGUAUCAUGAUCGUAUUGUUGCAAUCAAAGUUCUCCACCGUGGCAGCACAGCAGAAGAAAGAGCUGCACUUGAGAGUCGUUUUAUCCGGGAGGUUAAUAUGAUGUCUAGAGUAAAGCACGAGAAUCUUGUCAAGUUCAUUGGAGCUUGCAAGGAUCCUUUAAUGGUGAUAGUUACAGAACUAUUACCAGGGAUGUCCCUGCGGAAGUAUUUGGUCAGUAUCCGUCCGCAGCAAUUAGAGCUUCACGUGGCGAUAAGUUUUGCCCUUGACAUUGCUCGAGCUAUGGAUUGUCUACAUGCAAAUGGGAUUAUACAUAGAGAUCUAAAGCCUGACAACUUGUUGCUUACGGCCAAUCAGAAGUCUAUGAAGCUUGCAGAUUUUGGUCUUGCAAGGGAAGAAACUGUGACUGAGAUGAUGACAGCAGAAACUGGGACUUACCGAUGGAUGGCUCCUGAGUUGUACAGCACUGUGACUCUGCGUCAGGGAGAGAAGAAGCAUUACAAUAACAAGGUUGAUGUGUACAGCUUUGGGAUUGUUCUAUGGGAAUUGUUGACUAAUCGCAUGCCAUUUGAAGGAAUGUCCAAUUUGCAGGCUGCUUAUGCUGCUGCUUUUAAGCAAGAGAGGCCUGUUCUUCCAGUGGAUAUAUCCCCUGAUCUUGCCUUCAUCAUACAGUCAUGUUGGGUUGAGGAUCCUAAUAUGCGGCCCAGCUUCAGCCAGAUUAUCCGCAUGCUCAAUGAAUUUCUCUUCACAUUGUCGCCACCUUUGCCAUUGGUAUCAGAAUCAAACACCAUCCAGGCAGCAGAGACAAGUAAUGGCACCAUUUCUGAGUUCUCUGCACGCACAAGAGGAAAGUUUGCUUUCCUCCGCCAACUUUUUGCUGCCAAAAGGACAAGGAACACUCAAUGAGCGGGUAAAUUUUUGGGAAGUUUCUUUUUGAUCCAAUUCAAAGGAAAUGGCAUGCUAUAGUAGAUAAUUACCUUUCACAAAUCUGUGAUUAUUUACCUGAAUCACAAUGAUUGCAAUGAAAUAUGUUGAAAAGAAAUGAUGUUAAUGGGAAAAAACAUUCAGAAAUAAAAGGAAAAUAGACUACGGUAAAUUUUUUAGCUGGCCCAA